AUGGAAUCCAGAAAUGAUACAGAUAUUUCAGUAUUCCUCCUUCUGGGACUGACAGAGGACCCAGCACUGCAGCCCCUCAUCUUCAGCCUGUUCCUGUCCAUGUACCUGGUUACCAUCCUGGGAAACCUGCUCAUCAUCCUGGCCAUCAGCUCUGAUCCCCAACUCCACACCCCCAUGUACUUCUUCCUCUCUAGUCUCUCCUUGAAUGACAUCUGCUUCAGUACAAGCACCAUCCCAAAGAUGCUGCUAAAUAUCCAAACACAGGACCAGAGCAUCACUUACACAGGCUGCCUCUCCCAGGUCUGCUUUGUUAUAGUUUUUGUAGUCUUGGAAAAUUUUCUCCUUGCAGUUAUGGCCUAUGACCGCUAUGUGGCCAUUUGUCACCCCCUGAGUUAUACAACCAUCAUGACCCCCACCGUCUGUGUCCUGCUGCUUCUGAUAUCUCUCUCCAUUGGCAUUGUGGAUGCCCUGUUCAAUACCCUGAUGCUGCUGCGGCUGUCCUUCUGCACAGACCUGGAGAUCCCCACCUUCUUCUGUGAACUUGCUCAGGUUAUCAACCUGGCCUGUUCUGAUACCCUCAUUGAUAACAAACUGAUAUUUGUUGAAACUUGCAUAUUUGGUGGCUUUCCUCUCUCUGGGAUCAUUUUCUCUUACAUUCACAUCGUGUCCUCUGUCUUGAGAAUGCCCUCAUCAGAAGGAAAGCAUAAAGCCUUUUCCACCUGCGGGUCUCACCUAUCUGUUUUCUCCUUGUUCUACGGGACAGGUGCAGGUGUGUACAUUAGCUCUGCAGUGAUUGAUUCUUCCAGGAAGACUGCCGUGGCCUCAGUGAUGUACACUGUGGUCCCUUCAAUGCUGAACCCCUUCAUCUAUAGCCUAAGGAACAGAGACACAAAGGAGGCCUUGAGGAAGCUCAUCGGUAGUCUAGCUUCUCUUCUAUAA